CGCGGGUUUUCUCGUUUGGUUUCUGGUGGGGGUUGCGAGGGAGAGAUGUUUGGUUUCAAUCAUUGCGUGGUGGUUGGUGUGGGAGUGAGAGAGAGAGAGAGAGAGAGUGAGAGAGGGAUGAAUUAGGAAGGAUGAUGUGAAAUUUUUUCAAGAGCUUUUUGCAUAGGUGGUAGGAGCUUGUGCACGGGAGCGGUCGCAGAUGGUUGGGGAGUGAGAAUUGGUGUUAGAGUUUGAGGAUUUUGUGCAGAGCUUUCAUCUAGUACUUCGUUGCGUUCUUCCAGCAUUACGUGUUGCCUGAACAAGCUGUUGAGAGCUCGGGAGUGAUUCCAAGGCUGAACCGCAUGGGAAAAAUGGCUGUGUUUCUGCUUUGCUUCUCCUGGGCUUGCCUUUUUUCUUGAGAGUGCGGAACAUGGUCAGGGUGGAAGUCGAUGUAUUUUUUUUCCAAGGUGCAGGAAAGGUGAGAGGUGAUGGUGUGUGAGUGCUUGGAGCAGGGAUUGUUGGACUCGUCAGAUGGGGCAGGGGUUCCCCUUCUGGAAGGAUCAGAGGCGGCAGCAGAAGCAGGAGCUGUUGUGGCAAUGAAUGAGCUGGAGCCAGUGCCAGCGAGCGAUGUUUAUGGGGCGGGUGCAGAGUGGUUGCAGUGGACUCAGUUUGUUCCCCAGGAUGAGUCCUUAGCCAAGUGUUGGACUGAGAUUAUCGAUGUGGAGCAAGAUGAUGGGCCGACGUUGCUCCAGACUACUAGAACUGCACCAGUGUCGGCGCCACCUCCCGUUGUUGAGAAGCGCUCAUCAACUUAUACAGGGGCCGUGAGUGCUGCCUGUCCCGGUAGCCCAAGCCUAUCCUCGGGUGCAGCCCCUUCUGUUUCAGCUCCUGGGAAGACACGAUUGCGGUGGACUCCGGAGCUUCACGAAAAAUUCAUAACUGCAGUAGCGCAUCUUGGAGGGGCUGAUCGGGCUACACCAAAAGCAGUGAUGGGGUUGAUGGGUGUUCAAGGGAUAACUAUCUAUCAUGUGAAGAGCCACCUCCAGAAAUACCGACUUGCCCGAUAUAUGCCAGAAAUUACUGAAGAGCAAAAAGCGGAACGAAGGAGGACUGAAAGCCUUCUUACGCCUCUAGAGAUCAGCUCGAGCUACCAAAUCACACAAGCUUUGCAAAUGCAGAUGGAGGUGCAGAAAAAACUUCACGAGCAGCUUGAGGUCCAACGGGAGCUGCAGUUACGUAUUGAGGCCCAAGGUCAAUCCCUUCAAAAAAUGAUUGAAGCGCAAGCUAAAGUGGGAGGAAUGUUGCUGGACAAAAUUCCUGACUCAACUGCAGUUGCAUUGGCUCCUACUCCGGUUUCCAUAGGGCCUGCUGCCAGCCCUCUGCCAGAUACUGGUCCUGAAGCAUUGCCUGAAGGUAGUUGCCCCGAGACGCCUAAUCCAACGACCUCCGACGUUCUGUGCACCAAUGAGAUCAACAAGCGUGAGCCGAUUGAAGCUACCACCAUUGACAAUAUGCCAAUUGACGAGCCUUUGAUUAAGAGAGCUCGAAUUGACGAGGGCUGUUUGCAGGCUUCUCAAUCUGCUCAUCCAAAACCAAAAGUUUCGACCACUAUUUAUAGUUCUUCGCAAGCAGUUCAGGGGCAACGACCUUCACAUUUGAUGGACGAGAAGUCACUUUCUGAUGGACAGAUAACCAAAGGAACACCUCAGAGACUGCCUCAGCAAUCGCAUGCACCCUGUGUCACGCAGCAUCCAGGACCAGUGGCGCGAACACCGGUUCAAGCGUAAAUACGACAUUUAUGAUCCAGUGCACAAUGAAAUUUUGGUUGGCGGUUGUGAAGUGAGAAAACCUUGCAUUGGGAAUGGAGGAAAAAGCUAGGCACCGAAAUUGUUCUGUUGUUCCCUACUAGUGAAGUAUUGUAACAAUUGCGGACAUAAACAUACUUUCACCAUUCGCAAUGUUUUUUAGUAUAUGGUAUUGUUAACAUAUUAUAUUUUACCAAAAAGUAACCAUGCACAAAACAGCCAAUUGACAAUAUAUCAUCAUUUGGCUGUUUUGAGAUUGUAGAUAGAAACUUGUUUUUAUGUUUCCCAAUGCCCUUUGCUGACAGGUUGCUAAUACCAACUCAGAUUACUUCGCAUACCAUCAAUAUAGAAACACUCUUAAUAGUUUUACAGAA